AUGCCCCAGAUUAAGUCUUGCAACCCUGACAUUGGAGCCUCCAGUGGAGCCACCACAGCCCCCCGCCCUGCAUCCACCUCAGCCUCCAGUGGGGCCACCACAGCCCCCCGCCCUGCCUCCACCUCAGCCUCCAGUGGAGCCACCACAGCCCCCCGCCCUGCAUCCACCUCAGCCUCCAGUGGGGCCACCACAGCCCCCCGCCCUGCCUCCACCUCAGCCUCCAGUGGAGCCACCACAGCCCCCCGCCCUGCAUCCACCUCAGCCUCCAGUGGGGCCACCACAGCCCCCCGCCCUGCCUCCACCUCAGCCUCCAGUGGAGCCACCACAGCCCCCCGCCCUGCAUCCACCUCAGCCUCCAGUGGGGCCACCACAGCCCCCCGCCCUGCCUCCACCUCAGCCUCCAGUGGAGCCACCACAGCCCCCCGCCCUGCAUCCACCUCAGCCUCCAGUGGGGCCACCACAGCCCCCCGCCCUGCCUCCACCUCAGCCUCCAGUGGAGCCACCACAGCCCCCCGCCCUGCAUCCACCUCAGCCUCCAGUGGGGCCACCACAGCCCCCCGCCCUGCCUCCACCUCAGCCUCCAGUGGAGCCACCACAGCCCCCCGCCCUGCAUCCACCUCAGCCUCCAGUGGGGCCACCACAGCCCCCCGCCCUGCCUCCACCUCAGCCUCCAGUGGAGCCACCACAGCCCCCCGCCCUGCAUCCACCUCAGCCUCCAGUGGGGCCACCACAGCCCCCCGCCCUGCCUCCACCUCAGCCUCCAGUGGAGCCACCACAGCCCCCCGCCCUGCAUCCACCUCAGCCUCCAGUGGGGCCACCACAGCCCCCCGCCCUGCCUCCACCUCAGCCUCCAGUGGAGCCACCACAGCCCCCCGCCCUGCAUCCACCUCAGCCUCCAGUGGGGCCACCACAGCCCCCCGCCCUGCCUCCACCUCAGCCUCCAGUGGAGCCACCACAGCCCCCCGCCCUGCAUCCACCUCAGCCUCCAGUGGGGCCACCACAGCCCCCCGCCCUGCCUCCACCUCAGCCUCCAGUGGAGCCACCACAGCCCCCCGCCCUGCAUCCACCUCAGCCUCCAGUGGGGCCACCACAGCCCCCCGCCCUGCCUCCACCUCAGCCUCCAGUGGAGCCACCACAGCCCCCCGCCCUGCACCCACCUCAGCCUCCAGUGGGGCCACCACAGCCCCCAGCCCUGCCUCCACCUCAGCCUCCAGUGGAGCCACCACAGCCCCCAGCCCUGCACCCACCUCAGCCUCCAGUGGGGCCACCACAGCCCCCAACGCUGGCAUGAACACCACUCCCAGCAGAUCUAACGCACCUGUUCCAACUGAAACUCACACAACCUCCCACCAAACUGGCACCAGUGUUGCGGCUCCGCCGGAUGAGCUGAAGCCUGGAGGGUCCCUGACGCCAUGGGAAAUCGUCCUCAUCACCCUGGCCUCUGUUGUCAUGGCCUUGGUGCUCUUUGCUGGGAUCUUCCUUUAUGUGAGAAAAUACCUGUCCCUGAGUAAUGCCGUUGACCCAGUUUUCUACUAUGCCCAUGGCUCCCACCUUGACCCAGAGCCCCACAGGCCUGUACGGAGCCCCAGCUGGUCCUGGAGGAGACCAGUAACCUCUGAAGCCAUAGAGAUGAAUGGGAGAUAA